UGCGAGCGGGCUGGCUGCGCAUGCGUUCGGCACGCCGCAGCCUCGCCAUGGCCCCGGUAGGAGCUUGCGACAGGUGUCGCGUUGCGUCCUUCUCCACUGCUGUCGGUGGUGGCGGCAGCCUUGGGCGCGAGAGGGGCCCAAGGGAAGUACCUGGAGCCUGGAAAUCCGGGAAAGUUCGAGACUCGCUACGUGGCGGAAGGCGGCCAAGCCGCGCAUUGGCGCGGCGAGGACUUUUUCACCCAGACGUUGCCACUGCGCCCGCGCCGCACGCGUUGCAGCGCGCAUGCCACCUCCAGAAAUGACUUGAACCUUGCGGGCCACUGAGGCUGUGCGCUGAGGGUCUGCAGACUGCAGGAGCCGUGCAUCGUGAUCUUCGAUUUUCACAAGAGCCCUGCAAGGACAAUGCUUGGCCCGGAGUAGGCUCUCAACAAACUGGAUGCAUGAAUGCAUGAAGGAACCUCCACUAUUCCAGAAGUUGAGGAUCCCAGGCUGAGGGAGGAGGUGGAGGAUGAUCCCCAACUCCACACGCUUGUUGUGAAGGUGCGUCACCGGAGAGAACUCAGAAAGCCCCCAGCCAUGCCUGGCACAAGAUAAGCACGUGACCAGUGCUCCCUUGCUCCUGGUUUUUGUGGAAAGGUUUGAUCCCCUCACGUGGUCGCUGCUGAUUGAUCACUCUAAAGGAGUUCUUCUUUAUUCACAGUUUCUGGACCAGCAGAGCUGAGGGAACCCAGACUUGAAGUGAAGCAACUCUGCUGAGGUCAGCACCAUGGCCGCUCCACAGGAUUCAAAUGAGACUUCCUAUCUGUUCCUUCCAAACAGUAAGGACUGGGAAGAGCAAGGCAUUCCUGACUUUGUCUACGGGCAGAAGGAACUUGUUCUGGAAGGGAUUCAGUGGCCUAGGGCUGCCCCCAGCCUCCUGGACACAGCACCGCGGUCUCGCUUCGACUCUGCGCUCUGCUCCGCCUGGAGGCAGCGGAUGGACCUGGGGCUCUUCCGCUACCGCCUGGGGGAGCUGCAGACCCAGACCCUCCCGGGUGCUGUGGGUUUUGUGGCUCAGUUGAAUGUGGAGCGAGGCGUGCAGAGGAGGCGCCCCCAGAACAUCCGGAGUGUGAAGCAGGCAUUUGACCCUGAACAGUUUAACUUCAACAAGGUCCGGCCAGGAGAAGUCCUUUUCCGUUUGCUCCGGGAGCCUGAUCUCCCAGGUGCUCUCCGGCAAGAGGACAUCCUCGUCAUGAUCAAUGUCAGCCCCUUGGAGUGGGGCCACGUGCUGCUGGUGCCCGAGCCCCGCCGUGGGCUCCCCCAGCGCCUGCUGCCAGGCGCACUGCGGGCCGGAGUCGAGGCAGUGCUGCUGAGCUCACACCCGGGCUUCCGCGUCGGUUUCAACAGCCUGGGUGGCUUGGCCUCGGUGAACCACCUGCACCUGCACGGGUACUACCUGGCUCACAGACUGCCUGUGGAGGGGGCACCGAGCGAGCCCCUGGACCCUGGGGGCCGUUUGCAUCUGCUCCGGGCCCUCCCAGCUCCCGGCUUCCUCUUCUACACAAGCGGGCCGGGGCCUGACUUGGAAGCCCUGAUAAGCAGGGUAUGUCGGGCCACCAACUACCUGACCGACCAUGAGAUUGCCCAUAAUUUAUUUGUGACCCGGGGGGCCCCCCCUGGAAAGACAUCACCUUCCUCCGCUCUCACAGGCGUCCGAGUAAUUCUGUGGGCCCGGAAGUCCAGCUUUGGGGUAAAGGAAGGCGAGGCGUUCAGUGUCGCCCUCUGUGAGCUGGCCGGGCACCUCCCUGUCAAAACGUCCCAGGAUUUCGGCAGUCUGACAGAGGCAGCCGCUCUGGCCCUCAUUCAAGACUGUCUGCUGCCCUCGGCCCAGGCGGAAGAAGUACAGGCAGCCCUGGUGGCCUUGGUGGCCCAGGACGAGCAGUAAUCCUUCUAGAAGUACUUAUUUUCUACCUGCUCUGAGUCCCUUUCCAUGUGGUCAUUUGGGCAUCCAUGACUGCCACCUUACCCUAACCUGUCUCAGCCCAAGGGGAGGGAUAAAGAACUGAUAAGUGGUCUCUAAAGAGAAGAAACCUUAGAAUAAAUCGAAUGAAUGAGGCAUCAUGAAUGUAUCUGCUUCUCAUUUUUCUUCUUGGACAAGCCUCAGGGAUGUCAAACCUGUUACUAAGAAGGGAGUAUGGGGGCGCCUGGGUGGCUCAGUCAGUUAGGCAUCCAGAGUCAGCUCAGGUCAUGAUCUCAGGGUUGUGGGAUCAAGCCCCACAUUGGGCUCAGUGCAGAGUCUGCUUGAGGUUC